AACCCCACCUCGAGUCCCUAGCAAACCAAGGGAAGCCCACGUCACGUCACCUACGUGGUCGUUCCUAAUUAGUCACUGUCCACUUAAAAUGGAACAAAACAGUUAAUAAAUUGUUAUUACAUUAUUAUCGAGAAAUACGAUCAACUUUGUAAAUGUUUCUGUGACUCAAAUCUGCUAGAAUGCAUUUUGAAUAUAUUGUAAACCUGUAGUAAUUAUAAAGUAAUUAUUCUAAUGAAAUACUUUUUUUAUAUAAAUCAAACAAAAUGAAUAAAACUCCAAUAAUGGUUUUGCAAGAUGCUUCUGUGAAACUUGGUACUUUACCUGUUUAUACAGAAAUAUCAUCAGUAAGUAGUACGCAUCAAAACAAAUUUGUUAUCAGAGUUGCAUGGAGAAAUUAUACUGCUGAAGGAACAGCAUAUAAUAAAAAAGAAGCCAAGCAAAAUGCUGCUACAAAAAUGAUAUCAUUAUUAUUAUUAGAAAAAGAAAUUCCAGAAACGCUAUUGUUAUCAGUUGUAAAACCUACAGGAAGUAUUACAUUACCAAAAGAAUCAAAUACUUCUACAACAAUAGAUUACUUAUAUUCUUCAAUCACUAAUAAUUCCAAUGUUUCUGAUAAAGAAGAAUUUAUGAAUUAUGUAGGUCUUUUGAACGAACAUUGUCAGCAAAACAACUUUCCUAAUCCAAUUUAUGAUAAUAUUGCCAUAGCUGGACCUUCUCAUAUUCCAAUGUUCACAAUAAGUUGUACUGUAGGUUCCGUAUGUCAAAAAGGAUGUGCAAGGACAAAAAAAAUUGCUAAACAGGAAGCAGCUAAACAAGUUUUAGAAAAUUUACAAAGUCACCUGCCUCCAGUUAUUAAACAUAAUACAAAAACAUCAGACACAAUGAAUGAUCUAAAUGUACAAUUUAUGGAACUCUCAACAGAUCAGCCUAAGUAUGAAAACUUUAACAAAGAAAAAGUAUUAGAAGCAUAUGGUCGAACAAGACAAAUACCUGUCCUAUUCAAACCUCAUAUCAAAGUUGAGGAUUAUGUUAAAGUAUUGAGUAAUUUAUGCCACAGCUUGGACGUAACGAAUCAAAAUUGUUUGAAGAAUGUGUGUAACACGCUUGGUUUGCAAAACGUUAACACUCUAAAAGCUAUUAUACACAAGGCAUUUGAAACAAAUGUAGAAGAAGUUAAUUUUAAAACAGUUGAUGGUAAAUCUGCAAUUGGACUUAAAUUGAAUACUAAUCCCAUAAUAUGUCAAAUUGGCAUAGGUGUAACCAAAGAAGAAGCAAGAAAAAAUGCCUUGUGUAAGUUGCUUGAAUUUGUUUUAUUAUUUCAAAAAUAACUUAUAAUAUGUGUACAGGAUGUCCCGUAACUCCCGGGAAUGGGGGAUUGUUGGGGUGAUACUGAAUCAAAUUUUUUUUCUUUACCAAAAUGUCGUUUGAAGCUUCGUUUUUGAGUUAUUAACGAAAAACACUAGCCAAUCAGAGCGCGCCUUUAGCGCGGGCCGAACCACGAGAGCGUUGGCUUUCAGCCGCACUCGGUCGUGGUUGUGAACAAACACAUUCAUUAUUCAUGAAUAACGAAUAAUUCCACAUGGUUCUUAAUCUAAGACGAUGUAACAUUUAGCGCACGCUUCCCUUGAUUCCCACGCUGUACCAAUGCGUUUGUUCACGACCACGACCGAGUGCGGCUGAAAGCCAAUCCUCUCGUGGUUCGCCCCGCGCUAAAGGCGCGCUCUGUUUGGCCAGUGUUUGACAAAGGAAAAAGUUGUUUAGAAUGCCCUCAACAAUCAUCCCUCCACGGGUCCUACCCCAGUUCUGGGACAGCCUGUAUACAUUUGUGAUAUGUAAUAUGACAAAUACGAGGUUCUGUUUUCGAAAAAAAAUAUGAUAGUUUUAUACGUAUGUUUCAUAAAUAAAUUAUGUUAUAGAAUUA